UCGAUCAGCUGACCUCUUGGACAUCACUCAACGUGCAUUCCUCAGCAAAGUACAUCCUCCCUCAACAAUGGCUUCCAAAUUCGUCCUGAUCGUCGCUUCCCUGGCCUGUGUCAGCGCUGGCUACAUCCCGAACGAUCAUCUGUCCUCUGCUCCGGCAGUGAGCUACUCCAACGUCAUCAAGCACCAAGCUCCGGUGCUGAGCAAGACCAUCCUUCAGGAACCCCAGCUGUACCACGGAUACGCUCAGGCCGCUCCAUCGAUCGUUGUCAGCAAGCCUCUGGCUCUCACCAACCCUCUGCCAACCCAUUCCUAUGCUGCUCCUCACUCUCUGUACCAGGCUCCGGCUCUGGUGAAGAACAUCGAAUACUCGAAGCCACUCUCGUAUGGUCCGAUUGCCAAGACGAUCAUUGCUGAGCCAACUUACGGCAAGACGAUCAUUGCUGAGCCAACUUACGGCAAGACGAUCUAUGCUGAGCCGACCUACGGCAAGACGAUCAUUGCUGAGCCAGUGUACGGUAAGAGCAUUAUCGCUCAGCCAGCUCCGAUCUACGGUGGCAAGGUGCUGUCUUAUGCGCCAAACCUCGCUUACGGAGGUAUCUCCGCCCAUGGUUGGUAAAGAACUGUGUCUGUGAUAAUUUACAACUGAAUGUGUAUAGACUUGUUUGUGAUAUUUGAAAAAAUAAAAUAUUUUACGAGUAAACCGUAUGAAACAAACUAAA